GAUGAUGAUGUGCGCAGCGACUGCCUCCCCCGCCGCCUCCUCCUCGGGGCCCGGCGGGGACGGAUUCUUCUCAGCCGCCACCAUCUCUUCCUCUGCGGCGCCGGGGGCGCUGUUCAUGCCGGUUCCCGAAGGCUCCGUGGCUGCCCCGGGGCUGGGUCUGGUGCUGCCCGCCGCGGACUCUCGGGGUCACUACCAGCUGCUGCUGUCAGGCCGGGCCCUGGCCGACCGCUACCGGAGGAUUUAUACAGCUGCGCUCAGUGACAGGGACCAGGGGGGCAGCAGCGCUGGACACCCGGCCUCCAGGAAUAAGAAAAUUUUAAAUAAGAAGAAGUUGAAAAGAAAACAGAAGAGCAAAUCCAAAGUGAAGACAAGAAGCAAGUCUGAAAACUUGGAAAAUACAGUAAUCAUACCAGAUAUCAAACUACAUAGCAAUCCUUCUGCCUUCAAUAUUUACUGCAAUGUACGCCAUUGUGUUCUGGAAUGGCAAAAAAAGGAAACAUCAUUGGCAGCUGCAUCUAAGAACUCUGUGCAGAGUGGAGAAUCAGAUAGUGAUGAAGAGGAGGAAUCCAAAGAGCCCCCUAUCAAGCUUCCAAAGAUUAUUGAGGUUGGACUUUGUGAAGUUUUUGAAUUGAUCAAGGAGACGCGAUUUUCUCAUCCAUCCCUGUGUCUCAGAAGUCUUCAAGCCCUGCUCAAUGUGCUUCAAGGUCAACAGCCAGAAGGCCUUCAGUCAGAGCCACCUGACGUCCUAGAGUCUCUCUUCCAGCUCCUUUUGGAAAUCACUGUUCGAAGUACUGGAAUGAAUGACAGCACAGGACAGUCCCUGACAGCACUUUCCUGUGCUUGCCUCUUUAGUCUGGUAGCUUCUUGGGGAGAAACAGGAAGGACACUUCAGGCCAUCUCUGCUAUCCUCACCAACAAUGGUAGCCAUGCUUGCCAAACUAUUCAGGUGCCAACAAUACUGAAUUCACUACAGAGAAGUGUACAAGCAGUUUUGGUGGGAAAAAUUCAAAUUCAGGACUGGUUUAGCAAUGGUAUUAAGAAAGCAGCUUUAAUGCACAAGUGGCCAUUGAAAGAAAUAUCUGUCGAUGAAGAUGACCAGUGUUUACUUCAGAAUGAUGGAUUUUUUCUGUAUCUGUUAUGCAAGGAUGGAUUAUACAAAAUCGGCUCUGGAUACAGUGGAACAGUUAGGGGCCAUAUAUACAAUUCUACAUCCCGCAUCAGAAACAGAAAAGAAAAAAAGUCUUGGUUAGGUUAUGCUCAGGGUUACUUAUUAUAUAGAGAUGUGAAUAACCACAGCAUGACAGCCAUAAGAAUAAGUCCUGAAACACUGGAACAAGAUGGUACUGUAAUGUUACCAGAUUGCCACAGUGAAGGUCAAAAUAUUUUAUUCACUGAUGGAGAAUAUAUUAAUCAGAUAGCUGCUUCAAGAGAUGAUGGCUUUGUUGUAAGAAUAUUUGCCACAAGCACUGAACCUGUGCUGCAACAAGAAUUACAACUUAAACUGGCCAGAAAAUGCUUACAUGCCUGUGGUAUCUCACUGUUUGAUUUGGAAAAGGAUUUGCAUAUUAUAAGUACUGGAUUUGAUGAAGAGUCAGCAGUUCUUGGUGCGGGACGAGAGUUUGCACUAAUGAAAACAGCAAAUGGAAAGAUAUAUUACACUGGCAAAUACCAGAGUCUUGGAAUCAAACAAGGUGGUCCUUCAGCAGGAAAAUGGGUUGAGCUACCAAUUACGAAAUCUCCAAAAAUAGUACACUUCUCAGUUGGACACGAUGGCUCUCAUGCCCUUUUAGUUGCAGAAGAUGGAAGCAUAUUCUUUACAGGAUCUGCUAGUAAAGGAGAAGAUGGAGAGUCAACUAAGAGCAGACGGCAGUCAAAACCCUAUAAACCUAAAAAGAUAAUUAAGAUGGAAGGAAAGAUUGUGGUGUAUACAGCCUGCAAUAAUGGAAGUAGUUCUGUUAUUUCUAAAGAUGGAGAACUAUAUAUGUUUGGAAAAGAUGCCAUUUACUCUGAUAGUUCAAGUUUGGUAACCGAUUUGAAGGGUCAUUUUGUAACUCAGGUAGCUAUGGGCAAAGCUCACACUUGUGUUUUAAUGAAGAAUGGAGAAGUUUGGACAUUUGGUGUAAAUAAUAAAGGACAGUGUGGACGAGACACUGGUGCCAUGAACCAAGGAGGGAAAGGGUUUGGAGUUGAAAAUAUGGCAACAGCGAUGGAUGAAGACUUGGAAGAAGAACUAGAUGAAAAAGAUGAGAAGUCCAUGAUGUGCCCUCCAGGCAUGCAUAAAUGGAAGCUGGAACAGUGCAUGGUGUGCACUGUCUGUGGAGACUGUACAGGUUAUGGAGCCAGCUGUGUCAGUAGUGGGCGUCCAGACAGAGUCCCUGGAGGGAUCUGUGGUUGUGGUUCUGGAGAAUCUGGCUGUGCUGUGUGUGGAUGUUGCAAGGCUUGUGCAAGAGAGUUGGAUGGUCAAGAAGCAAGACAAAGAGGAAUUCUUGAUGCAGUGAAAGAAAUGAUACCUUUAGAUCUUCUUUUAGCUGUCCCAGUACCUGGGGUUAACAUUGAAGAACACCUUCAGUUGCGACAAGAAGAAAAACGUCAGCGUGUAAUCAGAAGACACAGAUUAGAGGAAGGAAGAGGCCCUCUUGUAUUUGCUGGUCCUAUUUUUAUGAACCAUCGAGAACAGGCUCUAGCCAGACUCAGAUCCCAUCCAGCACAGCUAAAGCAUAAACGGGACAAGCACAAAGAUGGAAGUGGAGAGAGAGGAGAAAAGGAUGCGAGCAAAAUCACAACAUACCCUCCGGGCUCCGUGCGAUUCGACUGUGAGCUCCGGGCAGUACAAGUCAGCUGUGGAUUUCACCAUUCAGUGGUUUUAAUGGAAAAUGGAGAUGUCUAUACAUUUGGCUAUGGGCAGCAUGGGCAGCUAGGACAUGGAGAUGUCAACUCCAGGGGAUGCCCACUCUUGUCUUCACAUUUGGAAGUUCAAGCAUUGCCAGGCCCUAGCACACAAGUUACUGCAGGCAGCAACCAUACGGCAGUACUUUUAAUGGAUGGACAGGUCUUCACAUUUGGAAGUUUUUCUAAAGGACAACUGGGCAGACCAAUUUUAGACGUGCCAUAUUGGAAUGCCAAGCCAGCUCCCAUGCCUAACAUUGGAUCAAAAUAUGGAAGAAAAGCUACUUGGAUAGGUGCAAGUGGGGACCAGACUUUCUUACGAAUUGAUGAAGCACUUAUUAAUUCUCAUGUACUUGCUACAUCAGAAAUUUUUGCCAGUAAACACAUAAUAGGCCUGGUACCUGCGUCUAUAUCAGAACCUCCUCCAUUUAAAUGUCUUCUGAUAAAUAAAGUAGAUGGGAGUUGUAAAACCUUUAAUGACUCUGAACAAGAGGAUCUGCAAGGAUUUGGUGUGUGUCUUGAUCCUGUGUAUGAUGUAAUUUGGAGGUUUCGACCAACUACUAGAGAACUGUGGUGUUACAAUGCAGUGGUUGCUGAUGCCAGACUUCCCUCUGCAACAGACAUGCAGUCCAGAUGCAGCAUUCUUAGUCCUGAACUUGCCCUCCCAACAGGAUCCAGGGCUGUAACCACCCGAUCUCAUGCCGCUUUGCAUAUUCUAGGUUGUCUUGAUACCUUGGCAGCUAUGCAGGAUUUAAAAAUGGGUGUUGCAAGUACAGAGGAGGAGACUCAAGCAGUAAUGAAGGUUUAUUCCAAAGAAGAUUAUAGUAUAGUAAACAGGUUUGAAAGUCAUGGAGGGGGCUGGGGUUACUCUGCCCAUUCAGUAGAAGCUAUACGUUUUAGUGCUGACACUGAUAUUUUACUUGGUGGUCUUGGUCUGUUUGGAGGUAGAGGAGAAUAUACUGCUAAAAUUAAGCUGUUUGAGUUGGGUCCUGAUGGAGGAGAUCAUGAAACUGAUGGAGACCUUCUUGCAGAGACUGAUGUGUUGGCUUAUGACUGUGCUGCUAGAGAAAAAUAUGCAAUGAUGUUUGAUGAACCAGUUCUCCUGCAAGCUGGAUGGUGGUAUGUAGCAUGGGCUCGGGUGUCAGGACCCAGCAGUGAUUGUGGAUCUCACGGACAAGCUUCUAUUACCACAGAUGAUGGGGUUGUAUUCCAGUUUAAGAGUUCAAAGAAAUCAAAUAAUGGUACAGAUGUUAAUGCUGGUCAGAUACCUCAGUUAUUAUACAGACUUCCAACCAGUGAUGGCAGUGCUUCAAAAGGCAAACAGCAAACCAGUGAACCUGUACAUAUUUUAAAGAGAUCUUUUGCGAGAACUGUCUCAGUGGAAUGUUUUGAGUCAUUGUUGAGUAUUCUUCACUGGAGCUGGACUACAUUAGUCUUAGGAGUUGAAGAACUUAGAGGAUUAAAAGGAUUCCAGUUCACAGCUACACUUCUAGAUUUAGAGAGACUGCGCUUUGUGGGUACCUGUUGUCUGAGGCUAUUGCGUGUCUAUACCUGUGAAAUUUAUCCAGUGUCAGCUACAGGAAAAGCAGUUGUAGAAGAAACUAGCAAAUUAGCAGAAUGUAUUGGAAAAACCAGAACUUUGUUAAGAAAAAUUUUGUCAGAAGGAGUUGAUCACUGUAUGGUGAAGUUGGAUAAUGAUCCUCAAGGAUAUCUCAGUCAACCCUUGAGUCUCCUAGAAGCUGUCCUUCAGGAGUGUCAUAAUACUUUUACUGCCUGUUUUCAUUCUUUCUACCCAACUCCUGCCUUACAGUGGGCUUGCCUCUGUGAUCUCCUGAAUUGUUUAGAUCAGGAUAUCCAAGAAGCAAACUUCAAGACGUCAAGCAGCCGACUCCUUGCAGCUGUUAUGUCAGCUCUGUGUCACACUUCUGUUAAGCUGACUUCUAUCUUCCCUAUUGCAUAUGAUGGAGAAGUACUGCUACGAUCAAUUGUGAAACAAGUUAGCACAGAGAAUGACUCAACACUAGUUCAUCGUUUUCCCCUUUUGGUGGCACAUAUGGAGAAACUCAGCCAGAGUGAAGAGAACAUCUCAGGGAUGACAAGCUUUCGUGAAGUGCUGGAGAAGAUGCUGGUCAUCGUGGUACUGCCAGUCAGGAACAGCCUGAGGAGAGAACACGAACUCUUCUCUUCCCACCUGGUAUCCAACACCUGUGGGUUACUAGCCAGUAUCGUCAGCGAACUGACAGCGUCAGCCCUGGGAUCUGAAGUGGAUGGACUAAAUUCUCUUCACUCUGUAAAAGCCAGUGCUAACCGAUUCACUAAAACGAGUCAGGGAAGAAGUUGGAACACUGGGAAUGGGUCCCCUGAUGCAAUCUGUUUUUCAGUAGACAAACCUGGAAUAGUUGUGGUUGGCUUCUCUGUCUAUGGAGGAGGUGGAAUUCAUGAAUAUGAAUUAGAGGUGUUGGUUGAUGAUAGUGAACAUGCAGGAGAUUCAGCUCAUUCCCACAGAUGGACGUCUCUAGAAUUAGUCAAAGGAACUUAUACAACGGAUGAUUCACCUAGUGAUAUAGCUGAAAUCAGACUUGACAAAGUUGUUCCUCUAAAGGAAAAUGUUAAAUAUGCUGUGCGCUUGAGGAACUAUGGAAGCCGUACAGCCAAUGGAGAUGGAGGAAUGACCACAGUUCAGUGCCCUGAUGGUGUGACAUUUACAUUCAGCACGUGCAGCUUGAGUAGUAAUGGCACAAACCAAACCAGAGGACAGAUUCCGCAGAUACUCUACUAUAGCAACUUAGCUGGAGUCUUAGCUGAUGACAUUCCAGAACUGCUUAGCUCUUCCAGUCUGUUUUCCAUGCUGCUUCCCCUUAUUAUAGCCUACAUAGGACCAGUAGCUGCUGCUAUUCCCAAGGUGGCUGUAGAAGUCUUUGGCCUUGUCCAACAAUUGCUUCCCUCGGUUGCCAUUUUGAAUCAGAAGUAUGCACCCCCUGCAUUCAAUCCAAAUCAGUCAACAGAUAGCACCACAGGAAAUCAGCCUGAACAAGGCCUCUCUGCUUGUACAACCUCUAAUCACUAUGCUGUCAUAGAGAGUGAGCACCCAUAUAAACCUGCUUGUGUGAUGCAUUACAAGGUGACAUUCCCAGAAUGUGUCAGGUGGAUGACAAUCGAAUUUGACCCUCUGUGUGGUACUGCCCAGUCAGAAGAUGUCCUUCGUUUGUUAAUUCCUGUCAGAACUGUUCAGAGUUCAGGAUAUGGACCAAAAUUGACAUCUGUUCAUGAAAAUCUUAAUUCAUGGAUAGAAUUAAAGAAAUUUUCAGGAUCCACUGGAUGGCCUACUAUGGUUUUAGUGUUGCCAGGAAAUGAGGCCCUUUUUUCAUUGGAGACUGCCUCAGAUUAUGUGAAAGAUGACAAAGCUUCUUUCUAUGGCUUCAAGUGUUUUGCAAUUGGCUAUGAAUUUAGCCCUGGACCUGAUGAAGGAGUCAUUCAGUUGGAAAAAGAAUUAGCCAAUCUUGGUGGGGUUUGUGCAGCAGCUUUGAUGAAAAAGGAUCUAGCACUUCCUAUUGGUAAUGAAUUAGAGGAAGAUCUUGAAAUUCUUGAAGAGGCUGCAUUGCAGGUGUGCAAAACUCAUUCUGGUAUUCUUGGAAAGGGGUUAGCUCUUUCUCAUUCACCAACUAUAUUAGAAGCACUUGAAGGAAACUUACCACUUCAAAUCCAAAGCAAUGAACAGUCCUUUCUGGAUGAUUUUAUUGCUUGUGUUCCAGGAUCAAGUGGUGGAAGACUUGCCAGGUGGCUUCAGCCAGAUUCCUAUGCUGAUCCUCAGAAAACAUCUUUGAUCCUGAAUAAGGAUGAUAUUCGUUGUGGUUGGCCUACCACCAUAACUGUGCAAACAAAAGACCAGUAUGGGGAUGUGGUACAUGUUCCCAAUAUGAAGGUGGAAGUGAAAGCCGUCCCUGUGUCUCAGAAAAAAACAUCUUUACAGCAAGAGCAAGUAAAGAAACCUCAGAGGAUUCCUGGCAGUCCUGCAGUAACAGCUGCAUCUUCUAAUGCUGACAUGACUUUUGGCGGGCUGGCAUCACCAAAGCUGGAUGUUUCAUAUGAACCAAUGAUAGUGAAGGAGGCUCGAUAUAUUGCCAUAACCAUGAUGAAGGUUUAUGAAAACUACUCAUUUGAAGAACUACGUUUUGCGUCACCAACUCCUAAGAGACCCAGUGAGAACAUGCUGAUCCGUGUCAAUAAUGAUGGCACUUACUGUGCAAAUUGGACUCCAGGGGCUAUAGGACUCUACACUAUUCAUGUUACCAUUGAUGGCAUUGAAAUAGAUGCUGGCCUAGAAGUAAAAGUAAAAGAUCCCCCAAAAGGGAUGAUUCCACCGGGAACUCAGCUGAUCAAACCAAAAACUGAACCGCAGCCAAAUAAGGUUCGAAAAUUUGUGGCCAACGAUAGUGCAGGGCUCCGUAUCCGGAGCCACCCUUCUCUUCAGAGUGAGCAGAUAGGCAUAGUGAAAGUCAAUGGAACUAUCACUUUUAUUGAUGAGAUCCACAAUGAUGAUGGUGUGUGGCUGAGGCUGAAUGAUGAGACAAUAAAAAAGUAUGUUCCUAACAUGAAUGGUUAUACUGAAGCCUGGUGCCUCUCUUUUAAUCAGCAUCUUGGCAAGAGUCUUCUGGUCCCUGUUGAUGAACCUAAAACUAAUACUGAUGACUUUUUCAAAGACAUAAACUCCUGCUGCCCACAGGAAGCAACAAUGCAAGAACAAGAUAUGCCAUUCUUGCGAGGAGGGCCAGGAAUGUACAAGGUAGUGAAGACGGGACCUUCAGGUCACAACAUCAGAAGCUGCCCUAACCUUAGAGGUAUCCCAAUUGGAAUGUUAGUUCUGGGAAACAAAGUCAAAGCAGUGGGAGAGGUAACCAAUUCUGAAGGUACAUGGGUGCAGCUGGAUAAGAACAGCAUGGUAGAGUUCUGUGAGAGUGAUGAAGGAGAGGCAUGGUCAUUAGCUAGAGACAGAGGCGGAAACCAGUACCUCCGGCAUGAAGAUGAACAAGUUCUUCUGGAUCAAAAUCCUCAAACUCCUCCUCCAAGCCCUUUCUCAGUACAAGCCUUUAAUAAAGGGGCAAGUUGCAGUGCCCAAGGAUUUGAUUAUGGACUUGGAAAUAAUAAAGGUGACCGAGGAAGUAUCUCAACAUCUUCUAGACCAGUCUCUACAUCAGGAAAAUCAGAACUGUCUUCUAAGCACAGCAGAUCACUUAAACCUGAUGGACGUAUGAGCCGGAUGACUGCUGAUCAGAAGAAGCCAAGGGGUACAGAAGGUUUAUCUGCUAGUGAAUCCCUAAUGUUAAAAUCUGAUGCUGCAAAGUUGAGAUCAGAUUCCCAUAGUAGGUCAUUGUCGCCCAACCAUAACACCUUGCAGACACUAAAAUCUGAUGGGAGGAUGUCUUCUAGCCUCAGAGCUGAAUCCCCAGGACCAGGUUCACGGUCAUCAUCUCCUAAGCCAAAGACUCUCCCAGCCAAUAGGUCUAGCCCAUCUGGUGCUAGUUCUCCACGCUCCUCCUCACCACAUGAUAAAAACCUACCUCAGAAAAGCACUGCUCCUGUUAAGACAAAACUUGAUCCCCCUCGGGAACGUUCCAAAUCAGACUCUUACACACUUGAUCCAGAUACCCUCCGCAAGAAGAAAGUGCCCCUCACAGAACCAUUACGAGGACGAUCAACAUCACCAAAACCAAAAUCAGUACCAAAGGAUCCCAAAGAUUCCCCUGGCUCUGAAAAUAGAGCUCCCUCUCCCCAUGUGGUACAGGAAAACCUUCACAGUGAGGUGGUUGAAGUCUGCACCUCAAGUACUUUAAAAACAAAUAGUCUAACAGACAGUACCUGUGAUGAAAGCAGUGAAUUUAAGAGUGUGGAUGAAGGUUCAAAUAAAGUUCAUUUCAGCAUAGGAAAAGCACCACUGAAAGAUGAACAGGAAAUGAGAGCAUCCCCCAAAAUAAGUCGAAAAUGUGCUAGCAGGCACACCAGGCCUAAAAAAGAAAAAUCUAGUUUUCUUUUCAAAGGAGAUGGAUCCAAACCUUUAGAGCCAGCCAAGCAAGCCAUGUCUCCUAGUGUGGCUGAAUGUGCCAGAGCCGUCUUUGCCUCCUUUCUAUGGCACGAAGGCAUAGUACAUGAUGCAAUGGCUUGUUCUUCUUUCCUAAAAUUUAAUCCUGAACUUUCCAAAGAACAUGCUCCUAUAAGAAGUAGUUUAAAUAGCCAGCAGCCUACAGAGGAAAAAGAAACCAAGUUAAAAAAUAGACACUCAUUGGAAAUAUCAUCUGCACUAAAUAUGUUUAAUAUUGCACCUCAUGGACCAGAUAUAUCUAAGAUGGGUAGCAUCAACAAAAAUAAGGUGCUGUCUAUGCUUAAGGAACCACCUCUGCAUGAAAAAUGUGAGGAUGGGAAAACCGAAGCCACUUUUGAAAUGUCCAUGCAUCACACAAUGAAAUCUAAAUCUCCUCUUCCCUUAACUUUACAACAUUUAGUGGCUUUUUGGGAGGACAUCUCUUUGGCUACUAUCAAGGCUGCUUCCCAGAAUAUGAUUUUUCCAAGUCCUGGUUCCUGUGCAGUCCUUAAAAAGAAAGAAUGUGAGAAAGAGAAUAAGAAGGCCAAAAAGGAAAAAAAGAAAAAAGAAAAGACAGAAGUUAGGCCCAGGGGUAAUUUGUUUGGUGAAAUGGCCCAGCUGGCAGUAGGAGGACCAGAGAAAGAUACCAUCUGUGAGCUGUGUGGAGAAUCACAUCCAUACCCAGUGACCUAUCACAUGAGACAAGCUCACCCAGGUUGUGGCCGGUAUGCUGGUGGACAAGGUUACAAUAGCAUUGGGCAUUUUUGUGGAGGAUGGGCUGGUAACUGCGGUGAUGGUGGCAUAGGAGGAAGUACUUGGUAUCUAGUAUGUGAUCGCUGUAGAGAAAAAUACCUCCGUGAAAAACAGGCCGCUGCAAGGGAGAAGGUCAAACAGUCUAGGAGAAAGCCAAUGCAAGUCAAGACUCCUCGUGCCUUGCCCACAAUGGAAGCGCACCAGGUGAUUAAAGCCAACGCACUCUUCCUGCUGUCCCUAAGCAGUGCAGCAGAACCAAGCAUUCUUUGUUACCAUCCUGCAAAGCCAUUUCAAUCGCAGCUGCCCAGUGUGAAAGAGGGCAUUUCUGAGGAUCUUCCCGUGAAAAUGCCUUGUCUCUACUUACAAACAUUAGCUAGGCAUCAUCAUGAAAAUUUUGUGGGCUAUCAAGAUGACAACCUAUUCCAGGAUGAAAUGAGAUAUCUACGUUCAACAUCUGUACCUGCCCCAUACAUAUCAGUAACUCCUGAUGCGAGUCCUAAUGUAUUUGAGGAGCCAGAGAGCAAUAUGAAGUCUAUGCCACCAAGUUUGGAAACCAGUCCCAUAACUGAUACUGAUCUCGCAAAGAGAACUGUCUUCCAAAGAUCAUACUCAGUUGUUGCUUCUGAAUAUGAUAAACAACACUCCAUUUUACCUGCACGAGUUAAAGCCAUUCCUAGAAGAAGAGUUAACAGUGGAGACACUGAAGUUGGCUCUUCCCUCUUGAGACAUCCAUCUCCUGAGCUUUCCCGGCUAAUCUCAGCCCACAGCUCUCUUUCUAAAGGAGAACGAAAUUUCCAAUGGCCAGUUUUAGCUUUUGUUAUACAGCAUCAUGAUUUAGAAGGUCUUGAAAUAGCAAUGAAACAAGCCUUAAGGAAAUCUGCUUGUCGAGUUUUUGCUAUGGAGGCUUUCAACUGGCUUCUGUGUAAUGUCAUCCAAACAACUUCUCUCCAUGAUAUUCUGUGGCAUUUUGUGGCAUCACUGACUCCUGCUCCAGUAGAACCAGAGGAAGAAGAUGAUGAAGAAAAUAAAACAAACAAAGAAAAUGCAGAACAAGAGAAAGAUACAAGAGUAUGUGAACAUCCACUUUCCGAUAUAGUGAUUGCAGGUGAAGCCGCUCAUCCUUUACCACAUACAUUCCACCGCUUACUUCAGACAAUCUCCGAUCUUAUGAUGUCUCUCCCCAGUGGCAGUUCAUUACAGCAAAUGGCCCUGAGAUGCUGGAGUCUCAAAUUCAAGCAAUCUGAUCACCAGUUCCUCCAUCAGAGCAACGUCUUUCAUCACAUUAACAAUAUUUUGUCAAAAUCAGAUGAUGGUGAUAGUGAGGAGAGUUUUAGCAUCAGUAUACAGUCUGGCUUUGAAGCCAUGAGUCAGGAAUUAUGCAUAGUAAUGUGCUUAAAGGAUUUAACCAGCAUCGUUGAUAUAAAAACUUCAAGUCGACCUGCCAUGAUUGGCAGUUUGACAGAUGGUUCCACAGAAACCUUUUGGGAAUCAGGAGAUGAAGAUAAAAACAAAACUAAAAACAUCACCAUCAACUGUGUAAAAGGAAUCAAUGCCCGCUAUGUAUCUGUUCAUGUGGACAAUUCCCGAGAUCUUGGGAACAAAGUUACCUCAAUGACCUUCUUAACUGGCAAAGCAGUAGAAGAUUUGUGCAGAAUAAAGCAGGUCGAUCUGGAUUCCAGGCACAUUGGUUGGGUAACAAGUGAACUUCCAGGAGGGGAUAAUCACAUCAUCAAAAUUGAAUUAAAGGGCCCAGAAAAUACACUAAGAGUUCGACAAGUAAAAGUCCUGGGCUGGAAAGAUGGUGAAAGCACAAAAAUUGCUGGCCAGAUUUCAGCCAGUGUGGCCCAGCAAAGGAACUGUGAAGCAGAAACUCUGCGAGUGUUCAGGCUUAUUACAUCUCAAGUGUUUGGAAAGCUCAUCACUGGAGAUGCUGAACCUACACCGGAGCAGGAGGAAAAAGCACUCUUGUCAUCACCUGAAGGAGAGGAAAAAGUAUACAAUGCAACAUCAGAUGCUGACCUGAAAGAACAUAUGGUUGGAAUCAUAUUCAGCAGGAGUAAACUGACUAACUUACAAAAACAGGUGUGUGCUCACAUUGUCCAAGCUAUUCGCAUGGAAGCCACCAGAGUCCGUGAAGAAUGGGAACAUGCCAUAUCAAGCAAGGAAAAUGCCAAUUCUCAGCCAAAUGAUGAAGAUGCCUCCUCUGACGCAUACUGUUUUGAGCUACUCUCUAUGGUGUUGGCAUUGAGUGGCUCCAACGUCGGCCGGCAGUAUCUGGCUCAGCAGCUAACUCUUCUUCAGGAUCUCUUCUCACUGCUUCACACAGCCUCUCCUAGAGUGCAGAGACAGGUGACCUCUUUACUAAGAAGAGUUUUGCCUGAAGUGACCCCCAGUCGUCUGGCCAGCAUCAUAGGAGUGAAAUCUCUCCCCCCAGCAGAUAUCAGUGAUAUCAUUCACUCGACAGAGAAAGGAGAUUGGAAUAAGCUGGGUAUCUUGGACAUGUUUCUAGGAUGCAUUGCCAAAGCACUCACUGUACAGCUAAAAGCCAAAGGAACCACCAUCACAGGAACAGCUGGUACCACUGUGGGCAAAGGAGUUACAACAGUUACCCUUCCAAUGAUUUUCAAUUCCAGUUAUCUUCGACGAGGUGAAAGUCAUUGGUGGAUGAAGGGCUCAACUCCUACCCAGAUCUCAGAGAUUAUCAUUAAACUUAUUAAGGAUAUGGCAGCAGGUCAUCUGUCAGAAGCUUGGUCUCGAGUGACAAAAAAUGCUAUUGCAGAAACCAUCAUUGCCUUGACCAAAAUGGAAGAAGAAUUUAGGUCUCCAGUGAGAUGUAUUGCAACAACAAGACUCUGGCUUGCCCUAGCAUCACUGUGUGUUCUUGAUCAGGACCAUGUAGAUCGUCUCUCCUCAGGGAGAUGGAUGGGAAAGGAUGGACAACAGAAACAAAUGCCUAUGUGUGAUAACCAUGAUGAUGGUGAAACUGCAGCAAUCAUUUUAUGCAAUGUCUGUGGUAAUUUGUGUACUGACUGUGACAGAUUCCUUCAUCUUCAUCGACGAACCAAAACUCAUCAAAGACAGGUCUUCAAAGAAGAAGAAGAAGCUAUAAAGGUUGACCUUCAUGAAGGUUGUGGUAGAACCAAAUUGUUCUGGUUGAUGGCAUUAGCAGAUUCUAAAACAAUGAAGGCAAUGGUGGAAUUCCGAGAGCACACAGGCAAACCCACCACAAGUAGCUCGGAAGCAUGCCGUUUCUGCGGUUCCAGGAGUGGGACAGAGUUAUCUGCUGUUGGCAGUGUUUGUUCUGAUGCAGAUUGCCAGGAAUAUGCUAAGAUAGCCUGUAGUAAGACACAUCCUUGUGGCCAUCCCUGUGGAGGUGUUAAAAACGAAGAGCAUUGUUUGCCCUGUCUGCACGGCUGUGAUAAAAGUGCCACAAGACUGAAGCAAGACGCGGAUGACAUGUGCAUGAUAUGUUUCACCGAAGCCCUCUCGGCGGCACCAGCCAUUCAGCUGGACUGUAGUCACGUAUUCCACUUACAGUGCUGUCGACGAGUUUUGGAAAACAGAUGGCUUGGUCCAAGGAUAACAUUUGGCUUCAUAUCUUGUCCCAUUUGCAAGAACAAAAUAAAUCAUAUAGUAUUAAAAGACUUGCUUGAUCCAAUAAAAGAACUCUAUGAGGAUGUCAGAAGAAAAGCCUUGAUGAGGUUGGAAUAUGAAGGUCUGCAUAAGAGUGAAGCCAUCACAACUCCUGGUGUGAGGUUUUAUAAUGACCCAGCUGGCUAUGCCAUGAAUAGAUAUGCAUAUUAUGUCUGCUACAAAUGCAGAAAGGCAUAUUUUGGUGGUGAAGCUCGCUGUGAUGCUGAGGCUGGACAAGGGGAUGAUUAUGAUCCCAGAGAGCUCAUUUGUGGUGCCUGUUCUGAUGUGUCCAGGGCUCAGAUGUGUCCCAAACAUGGCACAGACUUUUUGGAAUAUAAAUGUCGCUACUGCUGUUCGGUGGCUGUCUUUUUCUGUUUUGGAACAACACAUUUUUGUAAUGCUUGUCAUGAUGAUUUUCAAAGAAUGACUAGCAUUCCUAAGGAAGAACUACCACACUGUCCUGCAGGUCCCAAAGGCAAACAGUUAGAAGGAACUGAAUGUCCACUCCAUGUUGUUCAUCCACCCACUGGGGAAGAGUUUGCACUGGGGUGUGGAGUGUGCAGAAAUGCUCACACUUUUUAGAACACACAGAUUUUUCAUCUACGGAGAGAAAAGUUGCUUUCAUCCCCCAAGAGGAUGUGGUGAAGUUUAAAAUCUGCUCAGGAUAAGGACGGGACCAUUUUUACAUCCAGAAAAACGAACUAUUCACAGUGCAAGAAGGAUGCCAAAUACCAUGUACAUAAUUCUUGCUAUGGAAAAUGUCCCUAUUAUUUUGGUUUAUCUUCUUUUGAACCAAGACAUCAAACUUGUGAGGUGUUUGCAUGUGGCCAUUACCGUCACUGGCCUGUGAAGCAUUGGACAUUUAUAGAUAAUUGACAUAAAAGAAUCGCCAUGCCAUGGACUAAGAAUGAUGCUGGCUUUCAAGCAAAAAAUAAUAAUAAUAAUAAUCAUUGUUUAUUGUAUACUGCCUUUUUGUAAUCCUGUACAAUUGCAUCACAGGUGGGAUAAAAAGAGGAAUAUUCUGGUUUAUUUCCUAGACUGUUAUUUAAAAAAAAAAAAUUUGUGUUAGGACAGCAUAUAAAUGUAAUAAGUAUCACACUGUAUAUAAAGAUAUCAGUGUUUGUCCUGUAUAAGAACUACUAAAUUACAAAUGCAGUUUCAUUUAAACUUCUAGGUUAAGUUUGAGCCUGAAAUUUUAAUGAAGUGCAAUACUGAGUGUGCCUCAUUAUCUUGCAGCUGUAAACAUAUUGGAAUGUACAUGUCAAUAAAACCACUGUACAUUUUUAUACAGUGAUAAAGUCUAA